AUGAAGACAUCAACCGGCUUCAGAUAUCAUCUGGGGCUUCUUCUGCUGCUUGGACUCUUCUCCUUCUUCUUUAGCCACGUUGAGACAGCUGCCCUCGAGCCCGAAGACUACCUUAACCGGGAAAAUGAGAAGCUCCGGAGACAGAUUAAUCUGUUGACCACGGCGCAAUGGGAACUCGCCUCCAACAUUACCGCUGAAAAUGAGGCGAAAGUGAUCGAGCAGGGCAAAACCUUUGACGCCUUCCGCAAAGGACAGUACGAGGAGAUCGCCGCCGACUACGACUUCACUCGCUUUCCCGAGUACAUUCGACGGCAGUUCGAAAAGCUGGCCCUCAUUGGAACGGCAGCCCUGCCCUCGGAAGAGGCGGCCCGCUUCCAGGAGGUGCAGCUGGCCAUGGAGGCAGUCUACUCGACGGCCACCGUUCAGAUGGAGGACCUGGAAGGUGGCAGCAGUAAGCUGGCCAACCUCUCCCUCGAACCUGGUUUGACCAAGGUUUUCAGCGAGUCAACAAAUGAGACAAGGUUGCGCGAGGCCUGGCUCAAGUGGCGCGACGCCACCGGACCGAAGAUGCGCACUGACUUUAUCACCUACUACCAAAUCGGAAAUAAAGCUGCUAAGGCGAACAAGCUCAAGGGAAAAACCUUCCAAACGCUGGACGACCUGUGGAUGUCCAGCUGGGAAACGGCCGACAUGAAGGAGCAAGUUGAUGAGCUGAUGGAGGAGCUGAUGCCUCUCUACGCCAAAAUUCACGCCUACGUCCGCCACCACCUGACCCGCAAGUACGGCCCCGAGGUGAUGCCCGUCGACGGAACCAUUCCCGCCCACCUGCUGGGGAACAUGUGGGCCCAGCAGUGGAGCAACGUCCUUAACACCGUCACCGAACUCAAUCCGCAUCCUGAGGUGGUGCCCAUUGACAGUGAGGUCAAUCGAAAGCUCAAGAACUGGACCGUCCUGCAGAUGUUCCAGCUUUCGGAGCGCUUUUUCCACGACCUCGGAAUGGCCAACAUGACGCGCAGCUUCUACCGAAAGUCCAUCCUGGAGAAGCCUACAGACCGAAAUUUGACCUGCCACGCCUCCGCCUGGGACUUCUACGAGGCCACCAAAACCGACUACCGCAUAAAGCAGUGCACUGAGCGGACCUUCAACGAUCUCGUCACCGUCCACCACGAGAUGGGCCACAUUCAGUACUACAUGAACUACGCCGAUCAGCCGACGGCCUACCGCGAGGGCGCCAAUCCGGGCUUCCACGAGGCGAUCGGCGACCUGAUCGCCCUCUCCGUCAGCUCGCCCGAGCACCUCGAGAAGGUCGGCCUGCUGGAGCGAACUUCAAAUGAAGAGCUGCGACAGAAGGUCAACCUCAACUACCAGCUGAAGAUGGCUCUCGAGAAGAUCGUCUUCCUCCCGUUUGCCUACGUCCUCGACCGCUGGCGCUGGGACGUCUUUGCCGCGGAGGGCGGCCUCGACCACGCCCUCAAUCGGCACUGGUGGACGCUGCGGCUCCGUCACCAAGGUCUCUCUCCGCCCGUCAAACGCUCCGAGCGAGACUUUGACCCGGGCGCCAAGUACCACAUACCCGCCGGCGUCGAGUACGUCCGCUACUUUGCCUCGCACGUCCUUCAGUUUCAGUUCUUUGAGCACAUGUGCGGCUUUGUGGAGCCCAAGGGAACUGGUAGUGGUGGUAAGCCCUCCUCCUGGGGCGACAGUCUCUACAAGUGCGACUUUGAUGGCAACAAACUGGCUGGCGCCUCGCUGCGCGCCAUGCUGGCAAAGGGCAGCUCCGCCAGCUGGCAGAGCAUUCUCAAGGACUUUAUCGGCUCGGAGCGGAUGAGCCUGGGCGCCCUCAGGCGGUACUUUACGCCGCUGGAGAGCUUUCUGGAUGGCUUCAUCAGCCGCCACAAUCUGACGGUGGGCUGGGCGGAUGCUAAGG